AUGCUGCUGUCCCUUGGCGUCACUCUCUGGACGCUGUCGGUCUCUCUGUCCUCCGUGUCCUCUGUCCCACGCGUGUCUUCCGUGUCCCAGUGCAAUCUCCAGAUCCCUCCUCACGAAGAGGUGGCCCGUGUGGCCCGCUUCAUUGUGCACGUCUGUGAUUGGGCGUCGUUGGCCACAGUCUCGAGCCGGGAGCCUGUGAUUGGUCAGCCCUUCUCCAACGUCUUCUCCAUCAGUGACGGACCUGUCAAACACAGCUCUGGAGUGCCCUACCUCUAUCUGACGGACAUGGAGCUGUCCGUCAAAGACCUGAGGGUGGACCCGGUGUCCUCUCUCUCUGUGUCUUUGGCUCAGACUGACUACUGCAGAGAGUCUGGUUACGAUCCUCAGAGUCCUCUGUGCGCACACGUCAUCCUGUCGGGGAGAGUAAUACAGGUGAACGGCUCAGAGGCGGAGUUUGCCAAGGCGUCUCUGUUCAGUCGACACCCGGAGAUGAUGGAUUGGCCCCACGACCACGACUGGUUCUUUGCCAAGUUUAACAUCAGCCUGGUCUGGGUCCUGGAUUACUUUGGGGGGGUGAAGACCGUGAGUCCAGAGGAAUAUUUCAAAGCGUCUCCAGACAGAAAGACCCGCCUCUAA